AUGGAAGGCGACUACGACGUUAUUGUGCUCGGCACAGGACUGACAGAGUGCAUUCUGUCUGGCCUGCUGUCAAUUGACGGCAAGAAGGUGCUCCACAUUGACAAGCAGGACUACUACGGCGGCGAGAGCGCCUCGCUGAAUCUGACCCAACUGUACUCCAAGUUCAAGCCCAGCAAGCCGUACAGCGACCAGUUCGGCAAGGACCGCGACUGGUGCGUGGAUCUGAUCCCGAAGUUCCUUAUGUCCAACGGCGAGCUCACCAACAUCCUCGUCCACACCGAUGUUACCCGGUACAUGGAAUUCAAACAGAUAUCGGGCUCGUAUGUGUACAGAGGCGGGCGGAUCGCAAAGGUGCCUUCGAACCAGUCAGAGGCGAUCUCGUCUCCUCUGAUGGGCUUCUUUGAAAAGAGAAGAAUGAAGAACUUCCUGGAGUUUAUCAUCAAAUACAAGGAGGACGAGGUGUCGACGCACGGCGGCGUCGAUUUGGAUAAAAUCACCAUGGAGGAGCUUUACAACAAGUACGGGCUGGAAAGGGGCACAAAGGAUUUCAUUGGCCAUGCCAUGGCGCUGUGGUCAAACGACGACUACCUGUCUCAGCCCGCCAGAGAGACGUACGACAGAAUAGUGCUUUAUCUGGGCUCUGUUGCCAGAUACGGCAAGUCACCAUACAUUUAUCCCCUGUACGGGCUCGGCGAGUUGCCUCAGGGAUUUGCCAGACUCUCGGCCAUCUACGGCGGCACGUUCAUGCUGGACACGCCUAUCGAGGAGGUGUUAUACGAGGACGGCAAGUUUGCCGGUGUCAAGACCAAAGAGGGCGUGGCCAAGGCGCCAGUAGUGAUUGCCGACCCCACGUAUUUCCCAGAGAAAGUCAGGAGCACGGGCCAGAAGGUGAUCAGGGCCAUGUGCAUUCUGGACCACCCUAUUCCCAACACCUCGGAUGCAGAUUCGGCACAGAUCAUCAUCCCACAGAACCAGGUGGGCAGGAAAAACGACAUCUACAUCGCGACCGUCUCGUCCGCCCAUAACAUUUGUGCCAAGGGCUACUAUCUGGCCAUCAUUUCGACGAUCAUCGAGACCGAUAAACCACAUUUGGAGCUCGAGCCCGCCUUCAAGGUGAUCGGCGCCACCAAAGACGUGCUCAUGGGCAUUGCUGAGCUAUACGAGCCGAUCGAGGAUGGCUCCAAGGACCACAUCUACAUCUCCAAGUCUUACGACCCAUCGUCCCACUUCGAGUCCACGACAGACGACGUCAAGGACAUUUACAGGCGGGUUACGGGCCACGACCUGGUGCUGAAAAAACGUGCCACUGUAGAGGAGGAGGCCGAGCUCGCGGGAUUGAGCUGAGAGUAGAGAGGUUACAUAUAUUUUUUUUUCCUUAUCAUGUCGCUGUAUUCGUUCUCCACCCCCACGUUACAGAAACUGCGCAAGUUUCGCAUUUCGAGCGCUCGCAGCACCACAAUGCAAGCACAGGUGUACAUGAUCGACCCGCAGUCGUACGAGGUGCUGUACGAGGAACCGGACGAAAAGAUCGAGUCGAUCGACGCGCUGGUCGAGGAAUUGCCCGACAACUCGCCGCGGUUCGUGGUGCUCAGCUAUUCGAAAACGCUGGACGACGGCCGACUGAGCAAUCCGCUCGUGCUGGUGUACCACCGUCCGAUGACGGCAAAGCAGGACGCCAAGAUGCUGUACGCGGGGUGUCUGGAGCAGUUCAAGAGCGAGGUGAGCGCGAACCGGUUUGUGGAGGUGGCUGAUGAGGAGGAUUGGGAGGAGCUGAGGUCCGAGGUUGAGUAGUGUCCGGCAGCUAUGGGCUGAUGCCCAGGAGCCAAGACAGCCAGUCUUGGGAUCAGGGGUAUACGAGGGCUUUCAGCCCUGUUCCUUUGUCACGUGCACGCGGGUAGAUAAUUUUCAACACCAAAAAAUUUUUAUUCAAACUAUUCUACCAACAUGGGUCGUAUGCACAGCAAAGUGGGUAGCCUUUUGCCCAAUACACGCCUUUGAUUCGGGCUGCAGCGGUGCAAGCUGCGCAGCACCAAUCCUUUGCCAUGUAUUGGAUAAGUAUCGAAUACUAACCAUCCAGGGAAAAGGAAUUUCUUCCUCCGCCAUUCCAUACUCGAGAAACGUUCCAUCCUGGUUCAAGCUUUCCUCCGAGGAUGUUGUUGAGCAGAUUAUCAAGUACGCCAGAAAGGGUCUGACUCCUUCGCAGAUCGGUGUUAUUCUAAGAGAUGCCCACGGAGUCAACCAGGCCAAGGUGAUCACCGGUAACAAGAUUCUGAGAAUUCUCAAGUCGAACGGUCUGGCUCCAGAGAUCCCAGAGGACCUGUACUACCUGAUCAAGAAAGCUGUUUCCGUGAGAAAGCACUUGGAGAGAAACAGAAAGGACAAGGACUCCAAGUUCAGACUGAUUCUGAUCGAGUCCAGAAUCCACAGACUCGCCAGAUACUACAGAACUGUUUCUGUGCUGCCACCAACCUGGAAAUACGAGUCUGCCACUGCUUCUGCCCUGGUCAACUAGGCAGUUUUUAGUAAUAAAG